AUGGUCUCUUCCACUAUCAACUUCUCCGGCCUGAUGUGCCUUGUCCUGGCUCUCGCCCCCUCAACCGUCCUCUCUGCUCCCCAGAUCCCCGGACUCCCAGUCCCUGAUCUGUUCAAUCACCCUGCUACCACCACCGACGAUGGACUCGGCAACAGCGAGUCUGGAGCCGGCAGCGGCGUCCACGUUGGCAUCCCCGGCGGACCUUUCGUGAACGCCGGUGCCGGCUACCACGAUAGCCACCGCGGCCCCUGCGGCCCCCUCUCAGGCGAUGACCACCAUGCCGGCGCAGGUGUCGACGUUGGCAUCCCCGGCGGUCCGUCCGUCAACGUCGGCAAUGGCGAGUACAGCCACCACGACGGCUACCCUUGCCCCGAGCCCCCAAUGGCUCCUGCUCCCGCGCCUGUCGUUCCCGCUCCCGCUCCUGUUGUCCCAGCUCCCGCCCCGGUCGCCCCGGUCAUGGCUCCCGCUCCCGCUCCUACUGCUCCUACCAUGUCCGCUCCGGCUUUCCUCCCUCCCACUUACACCACUCCCAUCUCCAUCCCAACAACCACUCCCGCCGCCGCCUGGGCUCCCGCUGUCCCAAUCGUUCAGCACUCCACCCCGCUGAUUCCUCGCCCUGCUCCCUCCGCUUCUCCCGCGCCAUCUGCUAUGCCCGUCUUCAACGGUGCCUCCUCCAUGGCCCCAGGCUCGUCCAUCUUGGCCGUGGCUCUUCCUCUCGUCCUGGCGUUCUUCUACUAG